AUCUAAUGUGUUAAAUAGAGAAUUCUAUAUAAUCUAUGCAUAGUUUGUUCUGUAUAGGCACUUGUAGUUGUCUAUGUCCGAAACAAGCAGAUGAAUACAUCCUCUGCACCAAGAUACACAGACUUGAUUUCUUCCUUGCCCAAGGAAGAAGGAAUACUUGAACCCUACAGCUAUCAGUACCAAGGGUUCUGGUAUUCUCCGGUAGGCAUGCAAGGUAUAAUUGAUUGUCAACAACAUUUCCAAGCACAUAAAAACGAUACCUUUCUUGUAACUUCCCCUAAAUCAGGCACCACCUGGUUAAAAGCCAUCCUGUUUGCUUUAAUCAACCGCGAAGCUUAUCAUCCACAAGAUCCCCAUCAUCCUUUGCUUAACAAAACCCCCCAUCAGCUUGUUCCUUUUCUAGAAUUACUUAAGCCCUCUGAUUACGACUUGUUUUCCAACUCCUCCAACAGGAUCUUUGCAUGUCAUAUUUCAAGUGUCAGCCUCCCGAAAUCCAUAAUGCAGGAAGGCAAAAUAGUGUACUUGUGCAGGGACAUUAAAGACACUUUCGUCUCACUCUUUCACUUCUCCAACAAGGCCAAUUUUCGACCCUCAGCCAUAUCUCUGGAAGAUGCCUUCAACUUGUUCUGCAAAGGAGUCACUCUCUCCGGACCUAUUUGGGAUCAAAUCUUGGGAUACUGGAAGGAAAGCCUAGAAAGGCCACACAAGGUGCUGUUUAUGAGGUACGAAGAGAUGAUGCAGGAGCCUCAUCUUCAGCUAAGGCGUCUCGCAAAGUUUCUUGGAAAACCCUUCUCCCAGGAGGAAGAAAAAUCAGGGUUGCCUGAUCAAAUCAUCAAGCUGUGCAGUUUUGAUAGUAUGAGCAAACUAGAGGUUAACAAGACUGGGACUCUGGUGGGUGCAAUAAGCAAUGACUCAUUUUUCCGCAGUGGCGUGGUUGGAGAUUGGAAAAAUUAUUUAACUGCAGAGAUGGCUUCUAAGCUGGAUCAGAUCACGGAAAAAAAGUUUAGGGACUCAGGAUUAUCUUUCACGAUGCUGCCAUCUAUAUGAUUUGCUAUUAGGAUUGUCACCAUAAUUUCUUUUCCUGAACUAGAACUAGUCUCUUGUGUCUGGCUUUGUGUUUUAACUAAUGAUUCAUACCAUAUAUUUGAUAAUAGUCACUUAUGUUAGGAAUGUCAUUAUCUCUGAUACAAGCACAGCAGGAGGGCUUUCAUAUACUAAAAUCUUUUAAAAUCCCAGUCGAAUAUAACUCACCCCACAUUUUGUGUCAUGAUUGCGGAACACA